GCUUUGACUGGCUGCGUCUUUCGCGCUUUUGCUAAAUGGCGUUGCUGGCGGGUAGGUUGAACCCGCGGAGCUGGCCGGGCGAUGUGUAGCGACUUUCGCAGAGCGGAAUCCGGGACAGAGCUCCUUGCCCGACUUGAAGGCAGAAGCUCGUUGAAAGAACUAGAACCCAACCUGUUUGCUGAUGAAGAUUCACCAGUGCACGGUGAUAUUUUUGAAUUUCAUGGUCCAGAAGGAACGGGGAAAACAGAAAUGCUUUAUCAUUUAACAGCCCGAUGUAUACUUCCAAAAUCAGAGGGUGGACUGCAAAUAGAAGUCUUAUUUAUUGAUACAGAUUACCACUUUGACAUGCUACGGCUCGUGACAGUUCUUGAACACAGACUCUCGCAAAGCUCCGAGGAAGCCAUGAAGCUGUGCCUAGCCAGGUUGUUCCUGGCGUACUGCAGCAGCAGCAUGCAGUUACUGCUCACGCUGCACUCCCUGGAAGCCCUGCUCUGCAGUCGCCCCUCUCUCUGCCUUCUCAUUGUGGACAGCCUGUCGUCUUUUUACUGGAUAGACCGAGUCAGUGGAGGAGAGAGUGUGGCCCUGCAGGAGUCAACGCUGCAGAAGUGCUCUCAGCUCCUAGAGCGGCUUGUCACUGAGUACCGCUUGCUGCUUUUUGCGACAACGCAGAGUCUAAUGCAGAAAGGCUCAGACUCUGCAGACGGGCCUUCUUCCUCCAAGCACCCAUGCGAUGGAGACAUGGGCUACAGAGCCUAUCUCUGCAAGGCCUGGCAGAGGGUCGUGAAGCACAGGGUCAUCUUCUCCAGGGACGACGAGGCCAAGAGCAGCCGGUUCUCAUUAGUUUCACGUCAUUUAAAAAGUAACAGUUUAAAAAAACACAGUUUUAUGGUCAGAGAAAGUGGGGUGGAGUUUUGUUGAUCUCUAUCAUCAAAAAGGCUUUUAGGUGCACUAAGGCAAGUCUUUAAAAGUCCUUUAUAGGCUAAAGUGGUUUGAUUCUAAAGUUUGUAAUUCUGGGGAAAUUAAAUAGUACAGAAAAACUCGAAGCUGUUCUGUCCCCUUCAAGGUGUGGAAGGUCAGUCAGAACAUGCUAAACUCCACCGAGCUUGUCUUGAAGCUCAAACCAUGAUACACAUUUCAGACUAGGUCACUUUCUGCAUACUUUAGGAAGGGUUCACCGCUGGUCCCUUGGCUCCUAGAGGCUGUGGCUGGAGAGAGUGCACAGAGCUGUUACUCUAAUCAAAGGAAGACACACAGGGCCACCAGCUCAUCUGCCUCCCUCAGGAAACUGGAAUGAGCUGGGUGUGCUGACAGGUGGCUCUCCGUGAGCUCAAAGCUUGUCUGAUCUAGAUAGUGAAUUCCAGGAUAGCCAGAGCUACAUAAUGAGGUCCUGCUUCAAAGAGCUACUCAGGAAACAGAUAGCUAGGUAAAUAGAUGAGACUAGAAUGUUCGAGUCUUCCUCCUUCCUCUCGCCCAUUUUUCUUCUUUCUACCUGCUCCCCUUGUCCCAAGGAUGUCCUAUAGUUCAGGCAAGUCUUCAUCACAUUUCUGCCUCUGAGGUAGCCAGGUAAACAAUGUUGCUCCUUGGAGCUGAGAAUUCUGAUAAGUUGCACUUGAAGAUGAAUGUCUAUGAUUUGGGGUUCUGUGUAAUUUUUCACACACAGGGAAAUGAUGUACUCACUUUCGAAUUCGGAAGUUCAUUUUGGAAUGUUCAUCUCACUAAUUGAUAGAUCUGAAGAGUUAUACUAGAUGCCUUGGAACAUCUAGGCUGUUAUUUCCAGCUGUGCGCUGAGGGAGACUUGGCACUGCUCAGGAGGUGUCCUAGUGAAGAUUACUGUUGUCAUGACCAAGCACUGUGAGCAAAAGACUGUUGGAGAGGAAAGGGUUUGUUAUAAGGUUUACACUUCUCUUGUAUAUUGUAGUCCAUAUUUGAAGGAAGUCAGGACAGGAACUUAGGAAGGGCAGGAACUUUGAGGCAGGUGUCAAUACAAAGUCCAUGGAGGGUGCUGCUUCCUGGUUUGCUCCACGAUUGAUCAUAAUGCCUACUGCCUGAUCUUAUGGAGACAUCUUCUCAACUGAAGCUCCCUCCUCUCUGGUGACUCUAGUUUGUGUCAAGCUGACAUAAAACUAGCCGGCACAGAGUACCUGUAGGAAGAAGGCUUUAGAAAAUCCCUUUACAUCUUCUGACCCAGGGAAAGGCCCACAUGUGAGUUCAGACUAACUGCUAUUCUCAAACCUGUUAAUGCCUAUGUCACAAACGAUCCUGUUUCCCUUUGUUCUUGUGGCUUUGUUCACUCAUUACCACAGGUUUAUGAGUUAAAAAGCAUCCUGUUGAGAAGCUGAGACUAAAGUUCUUCACUAUGAAGGCACAGCCAUGUAACUUGCUGUCUGUGCCCUACCUGUGUCCCUGGGCCUGCUUGUAUUUACCCCAGGGCUUCUGAGGCUGUGUUCUGUGCCUAGAGCCUGCUGGCCUGCCUGCGGGCUGAGCUGGACAGUCCUUUUGUUGUUUUUUUUUGAGACAGGGUUUUUCUCUGUAGCCCUGGCUGUCCUGGAACUCACUCUGUAGACCAGGCUGGCCUCGAACUCAGAAAUCCGCCUGCCUCUGCCUCCCAAGUGCUGAGAUUAAAGAUGUGCGCCACCACCGCCCAGCCUGGGUUGGACAGUCCUUAAGCAGAGAAGGUAGGAGCUGACUUCCUGACUUCCUCAGCCACUGCAAGGUGGACAGCCAGUUACUUCAGUAAUGCUUCCCUCGGGGUAUCAUGCUCCCCAGUUAACUCUUCUCAAAGACUAAUCAGUGAGAAGGAAGACUUUUUAACCCAGGGUCUCACUGUGUAGCUCCGGCUGCCCUCCUAGUUGCAGGCAUUAAAGAUGAGUUCUGGUCUGCUUGGCUCAUUAUUAUAAUUUAAAAAAUAGUUUGGCAUUUCUAGGAGCCAGUCUUACAGCAGACAUCCCAUUCUCUGGCUCUUAUAGUCUUUCCGCCCCUUCUGAGAUGCUACAGCCCUGAGCCUUGAUGCAGGAUGUACUGUAGACAGAUGAUGGGCCGGGCAUCUCAUGCUCGCUUGUUCCCUUCAUCUUGAUCUCUGUGGUUUUCUGUAAUGAUUUCUGUGGCAAAGAGACAUUUCUUUGUUGAGGAAUGAGAGCUAUACUUAAUCUUUGUAUAUUUACAAUGCACAGAGGAAUUAUGCUGCUUUAAUAAAGUGGUUUAUUAAUACAAUUUAAAA